AUGUACACAGAAUAUUUCUGGAGCAAGCUAUUCAGUCUCUUCAAGAUUCUUGUGUUAUUCAUUGCCGGGUCCCUUGCCGUUCAAACUGUUCUCAGGUUACUCAUAUCGGUCGUGGUGAGAGUUGCUCAUUUACCAAUAGACUCAUUAUCGUAUGGCUAUAUAUUUGGCCCCUCAUUACGCAAAAUACGCGUAUCGACUAAGCAUGUUGUAAUAUCUAUAAACAGAAUCACAUUCCGCAUAGGUUGGAAACCUUCAAUUAUAUUUCAUGACGUAGAUCUACAAAUACUUAGCAGCAAAGACUCCCUUCCAAAGGCUACCCCACAGCCCAAAGAGGGAAACGAAAGCCCGCAAAAUACCAAUCUGAACGGCGGGAAAAUAUCAUUCCAUGUUGACAAAAGAUUCCUAAAGCUGUUACAGUGGAUCUGCUCGGUAAGCACAUUCUGCAGAAGAUUGCAUCUUACAUUACCUAAUGAUACAAUAAUUUCUGUGGAGCUGUCUUCGUUCACUUUAACCCAUAAACCGGAUAAAAGCAUCUUCGCCGAAGUAUUCCUACAUGAGGUUCGCAAUGAUAAAACUGAUGAGAAGAUCAAUCAUGUGGGGUUCACCACCAAUUUUAUAAUGCUAAGAGAAACAAAGCAAUUUAGCCGCACCGCCAAAGUGACGCUACUUGAAUGGCAUUCGUCUUUGAAGUUGGCAAACAUUAGUGUACACAUGAGUAAGCACUUAGACUUGUUUCGACCUAGGAAAGGCACUGGCUUAGCGAAACCAACUUCUGAAUUCCGGGCGGCCGCUGAAACAAACAAGUUAAUUCCUUCAUUCAUUACGUCGUUCCAUAAACCGCUCAAGACACUGAAUAUACUGGACAUCAAAAUUGAAAAUCUGAAAUUAACAUACUUAGACGUCCUCACCAUCAGGAUUUCCAGUGUGCAGUUGUAUUUGGAAACAAUCAACAUACUUGAUAACGGUAGCUCCUAUAAUAUUUUACCAUCGACAAAACGCAACUGGGGGGAAUUUGAACUCACAAUAUCUGCGAACACAGUUAAUGUGAUAAUGGAUCAAGUUUCUACAUUAAGAAUCCCUCUAAUCAAUUUCAUCAUAACGACGAAUGUGCUUUUGCAUUACAUCAAUGAUAUCCCGUUGAACAAAACCACAGUGUCGUGCACAACAAACGUCAUCAACCCAGCAAUAUUUUCCACUAUUGACCAAUUAAUAAAAGGAAUUCAGUUUGUCAAGAUACUGAAGGGUGUGACAUCAGCCAACAAGACGGAGAACCCCGUUAAGGAGGGUAUUCAUUUAGCGGACACUAAAAAAGACAUUAAGCUACCUCUCGACCUGAAUAAGUUACCUAAUUUUUCCCUUGAAUUUACCUUGUCUAACUUUACGUCGAUAUUUCAGCUUUCGAGACGAAGACACCUCACUUUCAAGAUAUUUAAUAUCCAAAGUGUUACAGGCCGUUCCAACAAAUACUCCUCAAAGAGUGGUAAAGCCAUGGUAUUGAUGAAACAGGGAUGGAACUCGACAGGAUCUAUGCCAGCUGCACAAAGAUCGUCUAAUUACUUAAAGAUCGUGGGAACAGAAUGCGCGUAUCUCAAUGUACCAGACGAUGACAGCGAAGAACAACCUUUAUCCAUUCCUAUAUUGGGAUUUGAGAGAGUCGACACUUUUGUCGACGAGAUCUCAACCUCCAAGUUAAACGUCCAGUCUACUUUGAGAAGCUUCUAUUGUAACUUAGAACACAUAUGUGUGCUUGAUACCUUAUUAGAUAUUUAUUCCAAAGUGCGUGAAAUUUUACCCAAAGAAAGAAAGAAGACAAAAGCGGACCACCUAAAACCCAAAGGAACCUUUGAAUGGUGUCUCAAAUUUAGGAUGAAAAAUACUUCAUUUGCACUCAUAUUGAAAGACUACCUUGCAAAACAUCUAGACCCAGUCGAGUUGGAUGGUUUUAAUUUGUCCGCGGUUGCAAGGGGUUUUAAACUUGACGUAAACGAAAGUUCGUUUAUGUUAACUGAUCAAAUGAAUUCGUUUGUAAUUGCAAGUGCGGCAUUGUUUAGAAUAAUGGAUAACGAGAAACACGAAAGUGUCUCUAAUUCCGUCUUACAGUUUAGAGAUUUCUCAAUAGUUCUUUCGAGAAACCGCCAAGUUAAGAUAGAACUACCUGCCAUUCGGAUUAAAUUUGAUGUAAAUGUGAUGUGGCUAAUUUUUUAUGCUGAGAGUGUAAUCUCCCAUUAUUCAAAUCACAGUGACCAAUCUGUAGAGAACACUAAAGCUGGCUAUUCAAAUUCAAGACUAUCACAAAAAACACAUAUCAGUAUCGGCAAGGUAAUCAUCGAUGUUACUUUACCAGAAAACAUCCCCAUGCUAGUUCUCUUUUCAGAUAUCAAAUACCAAUCCAAUACUAAAGUACUAGUUGUAGACACAUUUUCCAUCCUGGUAAAAUCUGUUUAUAUCAAGCAAAGAACCGUCUACGUAAUACUAAUGGAAAUGAGAGAUAUAAAAUUUGACAUUCAAGAAUUUAUCAGCUCCAAGAACGUCUCAAUCGAGCCGGCCCUUAUUCAGUUUCACACGGAAUAUCAUUUUAAAGUCUACACAAUAACAGACAAUAUAGUGACAUUGUACAAAUGUUUCAAGCAACUAGGUCUCGCCUUUUUAAACGUCAACAAGUUUGAGAGACUGUAUCCCAUGAUGAUGAAACCGACCAAAUUGCCACAUAUCACUGUCAAAACCGAAAGCUUUUUGAUUGACAUCGAAGAAGACCCAUUUGAGCAAGAACUCGGGCUGAUUUUGAAGGUUGGAAUCUUAGAGCAAAGGGAAAGGUUAGCCAAGCUUCGCGAAUUCGAAGAACAGAUAGCUCCUUUACACUCCUCAGAUAUAAAACCUUCUGACCUGGAAAGAAUCUUUGGACAAAACAUCCAUCAUUUAACUGCGAAUGAACAAUCAGACCGCGUGAUGGAAAUGAGAUACAAGCUACUCAAAAAUAUUUCCACUUCUUGGAUAGUGAGGUAUCAAAAAGCGAAGUUGGUAUUUCAUGGCAUGCCAUAUAGGGUGACUGAAUUUGAAGAUUUUGGAGUCCAGUACACGAUAUUUUCUAGACAAAAGGCCAGUACUGUAGCUAACUUGAUCAUUGAGAACAUGGAACUGGAGUUUGGACCACCAUCGUUUGCUCUCAAUAAAUUCGACGAAUUUUUGUUUGAUUACGGUAAAGGAGUACCGAAGGAUAGUUUAUAUACCAUAUUGAUCAUAAUGGGAAUAUCAUUCAAAACAAAUCUCUGGGAGUUGAAAAUACGAGAUUACCCAAUACCAUUUCUGUCUUUUCCCAACACUUCUACGCAUGGUGAUGUUGUGUUUGCGGAGCAGAUGCCCGAUUCAGGAGCUUUACACUCAAUAUAUGUCCCAUUUGUCUCUUCUGCGGAUAAUCCUGCUUAUGAAACUAAUAAUUCUAUUUACGGGACUCAUAUCAUCCGAACCAUGAACUCUAUAAAAGUUUACGCAAACUGUGAGACAGUAGUUGAUACGGAUUCUCCGACAUGUAUUACGUGGGGUAAAUCACUCCAGCCUAGUUUUGAAUCAUUGAUGCUUUGGUUUGAUUUUUUGACCAAACCAAGGCUAGAUCCUUCUCCAAAUAUGGGAUUCUGGGAUAAAUGCCGUUUUCUAUUUCAUGGGAAAUGGUCAUAUAGAUUUUUGAACUCUUCAGGGCUCCAUUUGAACAUCAAGGGGGCACAUAAUCCCUAUAAGAUAGCUGAUGACGGAGCUGGUCUCACCUUUUGUUGGAGUGGUAAUACGAAAUUAGACGUCCAUGGAUCAUCUGACCCGAAAGAGUUCUUGAAAAUUACUUCGCAGGCUUUUGAGUUGGGUAUCCGGGACUUCACAGUUAACAACAAGUUUGACAAAAUAUUAACAAGACUCUAUGGUGCGGUUACUUGGAAAAUGGGUAUGCUAUUCGAAAAGGGUAAUAAUCAAGACCCUGGUAAGGAUCGAAGGCAAAUACCGGCAAGACCCCAUCAUGAUAUUCAUCUCAUGAACCCUGACUACGUUGAGGGUCGGAGUCUUCAUGAUUCGUAUGAUGGUUUUCGCAGCAAUUUCAUAAAUAUGUCGUUUGGUGUUUACUCAUUUGAGAAAGGUUCAUCCAAUAGUUUCUUUCUAGCACCAAGAGCUAUGGAUCACUUUGUCACGUGGUGGAAACUGUUCAACACCUAUACUUCCGGCCCUAUUAGACAGGGAAAUCUGUUUCCUGAACUGAUUCAGAAGAACAAAAAGUUUGGACGUUCGCUAUUUACUAUCAAAUACCAGCUGCAUCUGGAACCACUAACAGUUUCUUAUGUCUACAAGCAUAUUUUCUCCCAAUUUGCCACAGAUAAAAAGACCAAAGCCGUAUUUACUGGUUUGAAAGGGAGAUGUGAUUCCUUAAAGAUCGACUUGCACCAAAGAAAAAUCAAAUUAACUCAUAGGAAUGCGAAGCUGAAUCGUUCCAAACCAGUUUGGAAGUUUAGGAUGUCUACAGGAGAACUCGACUGCACUAAUGCUGACGUCAGAAUAUUAUCAACAGAGUUUGAUAAGAAUAUAGUAGAUGAAAUAUUAACCACUAAGCAAGACAAAACCAUGCCGAUCGCAAGGCAUAUGUCUCCUAUCGAUGUUGAAAUGUUCAGGGAAUCGGACUGGUAUGACUACGAAGAUUACUUAGAUCUGGUCCAACCUUUAUUAGAAACGUCGUUUCCCUUGAAGCUGGAAGCGAUUCCAUUAUUGUACUCCCCCCGGAUUUCAUACUUUAGACAAUUAAAUGAAACUGGACUUCCUGUAGAGUUUCCUUUUGGUGAUGAGAAAUCACAUAUUUGUUUGAUAGGUCGAAACCACCCUGAGAAAACGCAAGAACAACUGGCAAAAAAAAGAAAGAAUGAAAUUCGGGAUGCCAUAGGGAAUUUGCAAUUGACUAUUGAUAAUAUGACGUACUCAAACUAUCCAGAAGAUGGCGAAACUAAGAAAAAACUGAAAGCGUUAGAGGAAGAAAUACAUGAAUUGCAAAAGCGCCUCCAUAUUAUUGACAAAAUUUUGUGCGAUUUAAAGAUUUCAUCACGUAUAUCACAACCUAACAACAGUGCUAGCUCGGAUACAAGCUCACUUGAGGACACAGAAGUAUCUGCCUCUGAGUUAAGUGCGGCGCCUAGCACGAUCUCCCUUCUAAGAACCAACACAGUCGAGUCUUUUGUCUCGAUGAGACGUGUUUCUACAGUACAGAUUGGGUCCACUUACGACAACAGAUUUAUCGUUCAUAAUAUUCAAUUAAAGUUGGACAAAAGGAUUCGUGAUCAUCUGCUAGAGUAUUUCACAAGCAUAUUUGAGAGAAGAACGAUGAACUUUUCCAUGUCUUACAAGUCUGUCAAGAUUAUCCAGGAUUUGCUGAGAAAUGUCUCUUCCCAGCUCAAAGGCAAUCUUGGAUUCUUUCAAAAUAUGUUCGAGGAUGACGAAAGUGGUGUAACUAAUACAGAAUUUAUUGAACGAUUUGAGGAGUUGAUUAAAGAGGUUCCGGACAGUAGUUGCGAAUCUGUGGAUAGCUAUUUAUUUCGACUAAUCUCUCCUCAGAUACAGAUCCGCUCAGAGUGUGAACCGGACACUUCAAUUUUGGUUUCCGCUCGUGAUAUUGAAGUGGGGAUUAUUGAUAUUAUACAGUGUACUGAUAGUGAGGGUAAACGAAUUGCGAUGGAUAUAAACACUAUUGUUGAAACAAGAUACUGUGCCGUCACAAAAGAUAUUCAACUUUUCAUUGUCUCUAGAGAAGACGUUUCCACCUAUAAAACCAGGUUGUUUUAUAAGAACGGAUAUGGGAUGGAGAAGUGGUCAGAGUAUUGGCCACCAUGGAUCCCACUUGAGCUAUGCUUCGAUGGUAGCUUACUAGAGCAACACGUCUUUUUGAAAAGAAGAUCAAUGUUUUUCACUUUCAUCAAGCCGAAUCCACUGUAUUUUAACAAUAAUGAUAAGGUGCAAGUGUCGAAUGACUCGAAAUUUAGAAUCGGGUUUCCGGGACUUGUAUUAUCGUCAACGUCUCAGCAAUAUUGCUCUGUUUACGCAAUUGUUCAAGAUUUACUCUCCUUCACAACCGAUUCUACUGAAAAGAUGGACAAACUCGCAGGUGUUUUGCUUGCUGAUGAAGUGCGAAAUAAUCUGAACAGGCUGGAUUCCUCGUUCAUAACAAGCUUGCAAACAAGAGUCAAAGAUUUAUAUUAUAUUCGGGCCUUUUUGAAGGUCAACGACCCCAAACUCUACUCAAAAAUAUCUGCGGAUCUCAUCGCAGAGAUUCAAACGUCUGUUUUGAGGCUAACUGUGCUGAUGAAAGCGAUUAAGCAAACGUAUGACCGGUUGGGCUCAUCAACAGAUAGAAAUAGGAGAAUAAAGUGGCAAGUGGGGACAGACGAACUGAUAUGGGAAUUAUUUGACGGCGAAGGGCGUUCUUUUGUUACCAUAGGGCUUGGUAUCUCAACAUUUCUCCGGACUGCAACAGCGGAAGGGACUGCGAGUAAUAGAGUAAGCAUAGUAUCUCUGAGGUGCUUCAAUCUUCAAAAGAACCCAGUAUUUAUAGAACUCCUGGCGCCUAACGAAGAGAAUUCGCGUUAUGAUACUAAGAAACCAAUGGUAGAUAUAUCCUGGAUUCAAAAGCCUGAAAUAGGCGGGAUUUCGAUAUUAGACGAAAUGAUUGUUACGUUACAACCUAUAAUCUUCAAGAUGGAUAAGAAAACGGGAGAUGAUUUGAUGAACUACCUGUUUCCAAAAUCUGAUACCAGACCCAAAGACUACCUCAAACGAACCUGGAGAGAUAGUGCUGUCACCUCAAUCAAAGAUAUUUUUUCAAGAGUCGAUCGCAGCGAUGAUCAGUCUUCAGUUGACAAGGUAAGAGACGUUGACUCCUGGGAUUUGAGUAGUCUACAUUUAACUUUAUCCACCCGCUCAGGAAAGUCGGACUCUUCAAAGGGGGCGACACACGCAAAGGAACUAACUAUUCAGAAAUCUAGGCACGAUGAUGAUUUUUUUGGAUUAAUGCUAAAACGUUCUAGUGAAUACUUCAAUGUUCGAUUGGUCGUCAUUAACAAAACGAUCAUGUCUGUAUCGUACAAAGGCUCUCAUCAUCUACUGACGGAUGUUAAAGAUUUGACGGUCAAAGUACCGACGUUAUCAUACCAUAACAAGUUAUGGUCCCGAGAUGAGUUUUUUGCUGAAUUGAAACAAGAUAUUAUCAAGAUAGUUUUGCAUCAUUUGGGGAGUAUUAUCGGUAAUAAACUUAUCCCUCAUAAGAAAGAAAAUAAAUCAAAGUUGAAAAGGGAGAUAGCAGAAGUCUUGAAAACUCCGAUGAAUUCUGUCAAAAGGCAAAGAUCAAUUACCGAAUCUAGCCCUUCAAAUGCAACUGACCUGACACAGGACAGUUAUCCACACUCACAAAGUAUCAAAGAUAUUGGUGGCAGUGAUGACGAGGUCGAAAGUUUUUUUCCAAGUAAUAGUGAUCAAAACACCACUACAUAA